AUUAGCAUCAUCUUGGAUUAAAUUAAUUGGCUAUACUCAAGCCCUGGGUAGACACGCUAAGAAUAAAUCCAGAGAUAUUAGUUCCUUCGCAUGAAAUGAGCAGGUUACGCAUCCAGUGAAAUUUAUGUGAACUACACAAACAACUUAACCUAGUCUUUUUCUUUUCCUCAAGCUCUGGUCUCAAUCAAAAUGAGUGAGACUCCUUCCACUGGUUUUUCCAUGAUUCAUCCGAGUUCUUCUGAAGGUCAAGUUCGUUCUCCUCGCCACUUACGCAUCACUCAUCCUGUUGUGGCCAAACGGAUCAGCUUCUAUAAGAGCGGAGACCCCCAAUUCCGCGGAGUCAGAGUGGUGGUCAACCCUCGUUCCUUUAAGAGCUUUGAUGCUUUGCUGGACAACUUGUCCAGGAAGGUGCCCCUGCCUUUUGGAGUGAGGAACAUCAGCACGCCUCGGGGAAGGCACAGCAUCACGAGGCUGGAGGAACUGGAGGACGGUGAGUCCUACCUGUGCUCCCACAGUAGGAAGGUGCAGCCUGUGGACCUGGACAAGGCUCGCCAGCUCCCGCGGCCGUGGCUCAGCAGCCGCACCCCGGGGGCGCAGGCACAGGGUCACCCGGUGGUGGCCGCAGCUCCGGGCUUGCUGCGUGCCCCCAGGCGCCUAGUGGUUUUCCGGAAUGGAGAUCCGAAGACCAGGUGCGCCGUCCUUCUGAACAGGAGGGUCACACAGAGCUUCGAGGCCUUUCUGCAGCACCUGACAGUGGUCAUGAAGUACCCGGUUGCCAAACUGUACGCCACGGAUGGAAGGAAGGUUCCCAGUCUCCAGGCAGUGAUCCUGAGCUCUGGAGCUGUGGUGGCAGCAGGAAGGGAGCCCUUCAAACCAGGGAAUUAUGACAUCCAAAAGUACUUGCUUCCUGCUAGAUUACCAGGGAUCUCCCAUCGUGUGCAUCGGAAGGGAAAUGCUAAAUCAGAAAGCAGAAAGAGUGGUAACUGGAAAGUUUCCAUAAUCACCAGCGACUUGCCAAAUGCAGGGACCAGCUCACAGAUUUAUAUUGUAUUAUAUGGACAACAUAGAAGUUCAGCCCCUAUAUAUCUUUAUGGAACAGAUGGGACCCGAUUUCAGGAUGGCCAUGAAGACAUCUUUACUAUUACAGUUGGAGACAUUGGAACAGUUUUUAAAAUUCGUAUUGGCCAUACCAACUCUGGCCACUCCCCAUCCUGGCACUGUAAGAAGAUACAGUUGCAGAACAUGAAUUCUGGAGAAGAGUUUUAUAUACCUGUACAGCGAUGGUUGGCGCGAGAUCAAGAGGAUGGAGAAAUCUGCCGAGAAUUGCCUCUUAUAAAUAGAGGACAACCCAUCCUUCCAGUGACAAAAUACGAAGUGUUUGUGGCAACAGGUGAGCUAUGGAAUGCUGGAACAGUAGCAAAUGUCUACAUUUCUAUCUACGGGAAAAAAGGAGACACAGGAUCCAGACAACUAUUUAGAUCAAAGAACUCCUGUAAAUUUUUAAGAGGACAAACGGAUGCCUUCUUCCUAGAAGCUGUACACCUUGGAGAUUUGUACAAGAUUGUAAUUGGCCACAAUGGACUUGGCCCAGGUAAGGCUCUUCCACAGAAACGGAUGCACUUUUCUUUCCACAGAUGGCUGGAUCAAGGAGAAGAUGAUGGUAAAAUUGUCAGAGAACUGUAUGCCAGGACUAACGGUAUCUUCUCUGCAAGGAAGAAGCUAGAACUUCAGAGAAAAGAAACAUGGGCUGCAGAAAGCUGGAAGUUUACAAAAGGAAAUACCCUUCAGUUCUACAACAGGCUGACUGGAGGGUUUGUCCGUCUGCAUCCAGAUGGCACAGUUGAUGCCCUUGGAGAGAAGACUGACAAAUAUGGACUCUUUGAUGUUAUUUUCAAUAAAGGAAAUAUAUGCAUUUUCCAGAGUCAUGAGAUGAGGCAUCUUUCUCUUGGUAUUGACAAUGGCUUUGUCACUGGAGUGGCUUGUGGUGGAGCCUCCAGUGAGCUGCGGGUGCUUUAUCAGUCCAGCCGCUGCUCACUUCUUACAUCGGCAGCGGUUCCUGGCCACAUGGUGAUUUUUGAUCGUCAUGGAAAAAUAGCUGAUGAGUCCUCAGGAGGCUAUGCAAACCUUUCAAAAGAAUUUGUGAUUUUUGUCAAGGGGGUGUUCCUCAACAGUGCUGUGGUUCUCCUUGCUACAAGCCUGUGCCAGGCCUUGUGUCUCCAACCUGAUGGGACCUGCACUGGAGCAGGAAACCAGUCUGAAAAAUCCUACUGGAAAGUGCAUAAAAUCAGCUCUGGGAUUUGCAUGUUUGAAAGUGUGAAAAAUGCACGGAUGUAUCUGAGGAUUAAGGAUGGUCGAUGUGAUGGCACAUGCCUGGAUUUCCACCAUUGGAAACACUGUAAUUUAACUAUGGAAGAAACUUUGAAUCCACAACAAACUGGUGACCGUUCAUUCUGUGAAGAAACAAGUGAUUUUGAAAGGAUGGCGUCUUUUAGAAUUUUAAUUUCAGUUGGCAGAGAAAACCCAAUGGGGAUGUCUGCAACACCCAGCCAAGGGGAAGAAAAGAUCCAUGAGUCACAAAACCACAGUGUAAUACCAUCAGGACCUGAGGCCGGGCAUCUCUUACCUUCUUCAGCUGCAAAAGAAAUCAGACGUUCCCAAAGCAGCGAGACUCUUCUGUCUGAAGAUGAAUGGAAGGUGAUAGUGCUGACAGGAAAUACAGGGACAAAGGCCAAUGUCACACUCUGGGUAUAUGGAGAUGAAGGAGUCACUGGACCAAUCAGUCUUAGCAAGGACAGCCCAGAGCAGCUCUUCCUUCCAAGACAGGAAGAUGAGUUUCAGGUUGAAAUAAGAAGGGUUGGAGAGAUAUAUAAAAUAAGAAUAGGACAUGAUGGGACUGGCAGACAACCCGAGUGGAGCUUGCAGAGGGUAACCAUGAAGCACAUGAGGAGCAAGAAGAUGCUAGAUUUUGUAGCCGACGUGUUGCUCUCUGGGAUCCAAGUGGAUGGGGACCUUGUCUGUGAGCUUCCCGUACUCAGAGAUGGACAACCCAUUUUUCCAUUGGUGAGGUACCAUGUUGAUGUCUACACUGGGCAGUUGAAACAAGACAAAACAGAAUCUGAGGUCUCCCUCUGUCUCUAUGGGGAGAGGGGAGACUCUGGCCUUCGGCUGCUGCGCAAAUCCAACAUGCCAGUAAGAUUCCAAAGAGGACAGAUUGAUAAAUUUCAAGUUGAAGCAGUGUCGCUCGGAAAGCUGCAGAAGGUGCUGUUGCACUGUGAGGCUAGUGACAAAUCCCAGUACUGGUACUGUGACAAGGUCAUAGUCAGAGAGCCCAGUACAGCAUCCGAGUCCAUCUUCAUCUGUGAGAGAUGGCUUCCCUUCAUGUCUCAGGGCAUAAUUCAUUCAGAAAUUGAACUUUAUCGUCAAGAAAUGCAAAUAAAUCAUCAACCUAAAAUACAAGAGGAAGCAAAUGAUGGAGACUGGAAGGUGACUGUUGUCACUGGGGAACUUGAAAAUGCUGGCACCACGGCAACAGUAUCCCUUUAUGUCUAUGGAGAAACAAGAUGUUCAGGGCCUAUUAUUUUGGGAUCUGGGAAACACCAGCUGUUUAGUUCCAACAGUGCAGAUAUGUUCAAGAUUAAUCUUAAAGAUGUUGGUGAAAUCUAUAAAAUACGAAUUGGCCAUGACAACAGUGGAAAGGAUCCAAGGUGGUAUCUGGAAGAGGUGAGACUGGAAAAUUUGGUCACACAGGAGCUAUUUUGUUUACCAGUUGAUUCCUGGAUAGGUGAGGAUGAAAAUGAUGGCGAUGUUUGGAAAGAAGUGCCCAUUGCGAGAACUAAUAAAGCUCCGUUGCCAGUGGUGGUUUAUGAAAUUCACAUACACACUGGCACAAAGCCGGGGGCAGAAACAGAGUCUAAUGUAUUUAUCAACCUCUUCGGCACCAGAGGAGAUUCAGGGAAUCGAAAGCUUCAUCAAUCUCAAAGCAACAAAACCAACUUUCAGCGUGGACAGGUUGAUAUUUUUUCCAUUACGGCGGUGUCUCUUGGACAACUGAAGAAAUGCCUGAUUAGUCAUGAUGGCAUGGGUCCAGGUAAUGGAUGGUUUCUCAAGAGUAUUGUUGUUAAGUCUGAAGAGGAAGAUGGCAGUCAGGAGGUGCUGUUUCCAUGCAACAGAUGGCUAGAUGAGUAUCAAGAUGACGGCAGGACAGAGCUGGAAUUGAUUGCAGAGAGUAGCCAUGGUGAAGGCAGAUGGACAGGACCAGCCACCUCCUGAAAAGGGACACUGGGAGUCGUCAUUCCACUGAGCUUCAAGUGGCUAUGGAUCUGAUCAUGACCAUGUGUUUGCCUAGACUGAAGCAAACAGCUGGGGAGGGUCAGUUCAGGCUGGACACAUUCUCUGCUUUUGAGAACUUCCAAAGUUGGGAGAAGCCAUCGAGACAGGCCAUCAGCCAAUGACUGACCAGGAUCAUUUCUGAUGUCUGGACUGUGCACACCACUAUUUCUUUCUUCUUCCCUUCUUCUUCUUUCUUCUCCAACUUCCCCCUCCUUCCUCCUCUUUCAGAAAAUUAAACACCUAUUAAGUUUACUGAAAUGUUUAGAUUAGCUAUCUUUUGCAAGUGAAGCAGUAACAUUUGAUUAAUGUAAAAUACUAUUUUGCAACAUACAUUAAUUUCAAAGUGGAAGUCUUAAUUUUAGCUGAUGCCACGUCUCUGUUAGUAUUGGUGUCAGUAUCGAUAAGAAAAUAUAAAAAGAAAUGGAUUGAUUGGGUUAUCUUUCAUCCUCAUUGCCCUUUGCACUGGUCCUAGUGAGACUGGGUCUAAUGUGAGCUUAGAAGUUACUGGGUCUAAUGUGAGCUUGGACCUACAAGUAGACAGUAACAGAGCACCAUGCAGGAAAUAUAUCUGGAGGCAGAUAUCUGACAUUUAUUAGUCCCUUUCCCCCAUGAAGUCUCAAAUAUGUGUCAUUGUUGUACCACAGGCAGACGCUUCCAAUUC